AUGCUGAACCUGGUCCUUCGUCUCGUCGCCAUCGCAGCCUGUGUCUUUGGGGUCGCGAUAUGUGCACGCAUCAGUGGAGAGGUCUUGAGAGAUGACCGAGGCGGCAGCACCAUCAUCACGACAUAUAUCGACCCUGCGACAGGGCCAGGAGACAUCGAAAGAGAAAACCCUAAAGUGACUGCGUCAGAGCAAGAGAUGCCGGGAGUCGUCGCCAUCACCACCUCGCCUGCCUGGCCACAUUUCGACUGGAAAAGCAAAAGCCCAUUCCUCACCCGCUUCGUCGGCGUCUUCUUCAGAAUCAAGCUGCCAACCAAUUUCCUUUAA